AUGAAUGCUGUCAUGACCCGUGUAUACGUUGAUUUGGUCGAAGACGGCCUCAAUGAAUACGCUUACGCCGCGGAUAGAGCCGGUCUGAGCUACAGUCUAUCCGAAAGCGCACAGGGAUUGAGUAUAGAAUUGAACGGUUUCAGCGACAAGAUGUCGGUGCUUGUGGAGAAAGUAUUACUGGGAGUAAGAGAUUUGGAAAUCAAGCAAGGGCGAUUCGACGUGGCCAAGGAGAGAGUCAGGGAAGCGUAUAAGAACUUUGACUACAUGGAUCCGUACCGACAAAUCAAUGCCUUCGCGCGCAUGUUGAUCAGCGAAAGAUCCUGGGCUCCCUUUCAAAUGCUUGAGGAGCUUCCAGCUGUGACAGCCGAGGAUAUACGUUCGUACUUUCCCGGACUGCUGCGGCAGAUGCACAUUGAGAUCCUCGUCCAUGACAACUUGUAUAAGGAAGACGCGCUAAACAUUACAAAACUUGUGAAGUCAACACUCCGCCCAUAUCGACUACCAGAGAGCCAGUGGCCGUCACGCCGCGCGAUUGCGUUACCAAAUGGAGCAAACCACCUAUACGAGAGGGUAUUGAAGAAGCCGGAUAACGUCAAUCAUUGUCUCCGGUAUAUCAUCUCAGUCGGCUCUGUCUCGGAUCGUUCACAUCGAGCCAAGCUACUACUUUUCUGCCAGAUUGCCGAAGAGCCGUGCUUUAACACGCUGCGCACAAAGGAGCAGCUGGGAUAUAUCGUCAACUCGGCUGCAAGCGUCUAA